UAUAGGAUGUUUUUGCUUCAUUAAACCAAGUUCAGGGUCAUCAAAUACUAAACUUUUUGAAUUUUCAUAAUAUUUUCAACGUUUGAAUAAGCAGGUGUUUUUGACUGUGGGACCUGGCUUUUUUACUUGCGAACUCAGAUUGACUCAUCGUUUUUAUAGAUAAUGAUCUCAGUUCAUAAAGCUGCUCUGAAAGGAGUACGUACUCUCGAUUCGCAGUAGCACUAACGAGAAACGACGGAGUGUUUUAAAUAUUUUGUCCAAGUAAGUGAUCGAAUUGCCUGCCGGAGUCACACCGACUGUAAAACAACAUGAAUAACACCCUGCACGACCAAGACUUCAAGAAACAAGUAAUUCUAAUAAACACUAUUAUUCUGGUAUUGCUUGGCUGCAUCACUGCUGUAAUCAAUGGACUUCUCCUAUUGGCCAUAUUGAAAGACCCUUUGAGAACAUUCAGAAGGCCGAAGAUAAUCAUCGACUUGUGGAUAACUUUGGAUUUAUUUUUAGCGGGAACAAUUCUUGUGCCUUUGAUUAUUACAGAUGAACUAUUAAAUGGAGUUUAUAACAAGGGCUACAUUAGGCUUUCGACUUCUGUGGUGGUGACGACUAGGUUGUUGUUUGGUGCUGGGAGCGCCUUUGUGAUCAUGACUAUCCUCGAAGGCGCUGGCGGGAUUUUAAACCCUCACCUUGUGAGACGUGUUACGACAAAACGAAACGUCACAACUACAGUCUUCGUCACUCUUCUAGUCACUCUCUUUUACUCUCUACUUCUGGUCUUUGGAGUCCCCGAGAAAAUCCAUUCAACCAUCUAUGUUCAUAYAUUUAUUUUAUUACCUGUUUUAACCGCAAGUGCGAUGUUUGUAAAGACCUACAAGAGGAUACGAUACCCCAAAACAGUAGCUCCCAUAACCAAUCCGAGUGCCUACACCAAAGAAAAGCUGAAAAUGAACAGGUUAAGAAAUGAGAGAAUCUCCAAAAACUUCCUAAAAACAAUUGGCACUUUCUUAACUCCGUUUCUUAUUUCCUCUUUAUCGUAUUACAUUUUCAUAAUGAUUAAGGCUUUUGGAAUAAGUGAUCACACUUGUGAAGAAACCAGAUGGUGUUUUGUACACRAGAGAUUAAUGCUAUCCUUUCUUUUCAUUCACACUGCAUUUACUCCUAUUGCUUUGACAUCUAAAAUAGCCGAAUAUAGAAAUGCAGUAUCCUACCUUCUUCGUAAAACAGCAAAUAGAAUCUUUAAAAGAUGAUAAGAUGUAGUAUGAUUGACUAUGUUACCGAUAAGAUCUUGAUUUAUGCUUACAUUGAGCCCCAUAAAAAAUCGCUUUCAAGAAAGCCAUAAUCGAUCGAUCAG